UCGCGCAGUGACGUCAGUCUGACAUGGAGCCAGUGCUGGUGGUGGCGGACCUUUGGUCACCCGGUUGAGAUGGAGCAAAGUUUAUUGAAACGACGAGAAGUUGACCACAGAUCCCGUUAAAACCGAAAUCUAGAAACAUUUCCCGUGAUCAUAAGACGAUUUGAGCCACAAUAAGUGCUUUUAAUGGCCGCAUCAUGAAGGCUCAACUUCAGAUAACAGUUCUGUCCGCUAAGCUGCGGGACAGUAAGAAGAAUUGGUUUGGGCCCAGUCCUUACGUGGAGGUGUGUGUGGACGGCCAGUCCAAGAAGACGGAGAAAUGCACCAACACUCACAGUCCCAAGUGGAAACAGUCUCUCACUGUGAUCGUCACCCCUUUCAGCAAGUUAAUUUUCCGAGUUUGGAGUCACCAGACACUUAAAGCGGACAUUUUGCUGGGCUUGGCCACUCUGGAGGUCAGCGAGACCUUAAAAGCCAACAAUAUGAAGAUUUGCGAGGUGGUGCAGACGUUGCAGUUGAGUUCAGACCGAGAGCGGUCAGAGGUGGUUGGAGAUCUCUCAGUGUGUCUGGAUGGACUGCAGGUGGAUGCCGAGACUUUUGCUUCAGAGGAACAAAAGCACAUCUCAGAUGCUGUUGUGAAUGGAGAACCCAAACUGAACGGGGAUGUAGCAGCGAGUCGAGAUUCUUCUCCAUCCAGUGACAUCACUGAUGAUGCACCACUGCCCAAUGGUCAUGCGGUGGGAAGUACGGGGUCUUCCUCUCCAUCCGCAGGGGCUCUAAGACCACCGCGUCCACCUCGACCCCAGCGACCUCCGCCUGCCUCGCCACAUAAACCUGCUUCCUCCAACGCAUCCUCUGCUGGCUCCACUCCCACUCACGGCAGCAGAGCUCCCAGUCCGGAGACGUCUCCACGAGUGUGUGUGAACGGAGAAACGGAGAGUCAGGGGUCAAGCUCAGGUUCAGGGUCAAAUCAGCCCCCCAGUGCCAGUCCAACGCCACCCAGAGCUUCGCUAAUCACUAACAGCCCUCUUCCUCCUGGCUGGGAGCAGAGAAUGGAUCAGAACGGCCGCGUUUACUAUGUUGAUCACAUUGAGAAAAGAACCACAUGGGAAAGACCAGAACCGCUACCACCGGGUUGGGAGCGUCGCUUGGACCCGAUGGGCCGUGUUUACUAUGUGGAUCAUAUAAUCCGAACCACCACAUGGCAAAGACCCACACUUGAGUCGGUCCGGAACUAUGAAGAGUGGCAGAAUCAGCGCAGCCAGCUGCAGGGAGCCAUGCACCGCUUCAACCAGAGAUUCAUCUAUGGACAGCAGGAACAGCUUGUGCCUACAGCUAAUAAAGAGUUUGACCCUCUGGGUCCCCUGCCGCCGGGAUGGGAGAAACGGACAGACAGUAAUAGGAGGAUGUAUUUUGUUCACCAUCCUACGAGAUCCACACAAUGGGAAGAUCCUCGCACACAAGGGUUGUUGAAUGAGAAGCCUUUGCCGGAGGGUUGGGAGAUGAGGUUUACAGUGGACGGGAUUCCUUAUUUUGUCGAUCACAACAGGAAAACGACGACAUAUAUCGACCCUCGUACAGGAAAAUCCUCCCUUGAGAACGGCCCUCAGAUCACAUACGUACGAGACUUUAAAGCCAAAGUGCACUAUUUCCGCUUCUGGUGUCAGCAACUAGCAAUGCCUCAGCAUAUUAAGAUCCACGUCAGUCGCAAAACACUCUUCGAGGACUCGUUUCAACAGAUUAUGAGUUGCCAUCCGCAAGAUCUGAGAAGGAGAUUGUGGAUUAUUUUCCCAGGGGAGGAGGGACUUGACUAUGGAGGCGUGGCCAGGGAAUGGUUCUUCCUGCUCUCUCACGAGGUCUUGAACCCCAUGUACUGUCUGUUCGAAUAUGCCGGUAAAGACAACUACUGCCUGCAGAUUAAUCCCGCCUCCUCCAUCAACCCCGACCACCUCAAGUACUUCAAGUUCAUUGGCCGGUUCAUUGCUAUGGCUCUCUUUCAUGGAAAGUUCAUAGACACCGGCUUCUCUUUGCCCUUUUAUAAGCGCAUCCUGAAUAAACCUCUGGCUCUGAAAGACCUGGAGUCCAUCGAUCCGGAGUUCUACAACUCGCUCAUCUGGAUCAAGGAUAAUAACAUCGAGGAAUGUGGCUUGGAGAUGUUUUUCUCAGUGGAUAAGGAGAUUUUGGGAGAGGUCACCACUCAUGACCUCAAACCUGAUGGAGGAAACAUUCAGGUGACAGAGGAAAAUAAAGAGGAGUACAUCAGGUUGGUUGCUGAGUGGAGGUUGUCCAGAGGCGUUGAGGAACAGACUCAGGCGUUCCUCGAAGGCUUUAAUGAGGUCUUGCCACAGCAAUACCUGCAAUACUUUGAUGCCAAGGAACUGGAGGUGAUGCUGUGUGGGAUGCAGGAGAUUGAUCUGGGUGACUGGCAGAGGAACACCAUCUACAGACACUACGCUCGCAGCAGCAAACAGAUCGUCUGGUUUUGGCAGUUUGUGAAGGAGAUCGACAAUGAGAAGCGUAUGCGACUGCUGCAGUUUGUAACUGGCACAUGCCGACUUCCUGUCGGGGGAUUCGCCGACCUUAUGGGGAGCAAUGGGCCGCAGAAGUUUUGUAUUGAGAAAGUGGGUAAGGAAAACUGGCUGCCGAGGAGCCACACAUGCUUUAACCGUCUGGAUCUGCCGCCCUAUAAAAGCUACGAGCAGUUAAAGGAGAAGCUGCUGUUUGCCAUAGAGGAAACCGAAGGCUUCGGUCAAGAGUGAUGCAUGCGCACGACGGCGUCUUUUUUAACACGUUUCCAUGACAACACACAUCAGCUUUCGCCGUCAUAUCAAAAGCUGCCGCUGCUGCUACUUCAAACCAGGAACGAGGGAUAAACCGUGUUCUGUUGAAAGGAAAUCCGUGGGCUUUGGCUUCCAUUUCCCGUUUUCUUGCCAUCCACUUCUCAUUUAUGCUGCCUUAGUCAAUGAUCAACGCGGCCAGACAUCGGCUCACUCUAUGCACACUGUGAUCCUCUAACUCUUAAUGACUUGUCUCUUCUCUAGUAAUGCACAUGCAACAGACUCUGAUGUUUAUUUUUCCUCUACAACUUGAAGUGUGAGUUUGCAUGGUGUGCGUCUGACCGAGUCUCUUCUGUUGUGUGUACAUGCAAGUCCGUUUUUAUCGCCAGUGCAGAAAUGCACCUUCAUACAUAAAUGAAUCCUUUUAAGAUUAGCAAUUAAAAAGAAAGGUUUGCACUUGAUUAGUGAAAGCACUGGCAUAGUGAUUAAUGGCUAAUGCAAAACCUGGUCAUAUUUCACCUCAGAAUCCUGAAAAUAUAUUGCAUGAAGAAAAUGAGACUUUUUACACUAUUUUGUGUGACAUUUAAGCACAUUUUCCCCUUAAAAUUGACAUUAUUGUAUUGCAGGAAAAUCUCAUUCUUAGUACUGUAACAGUUGCAAAAGAUAGUCUUCAUUUUUUUAUGCAAAAUAUAAUUGAUGUGAGCUUUGACCUGGAAAUGGCUGCGGUGAGAGUAUGUAUUUGGGUUCUCAUACAGCAAUAGUCCAUCAAAAAAUGUCACUGUUAAAAUAUUCACUUUCUUACCAAUCAUGAAUUCAUAAACUACACGACUAAUGUUAUAAUGUUAGCCGAUUUAGUGUGAUCAAAUCUUUUAUAUCUUUAAAAAAAAAAAAAAAAAAUGAUGUUCACCAAAAUCACUAAUUUUGCAGGAAGAAUUAGUGCAAAAUGUGCUUUAUCUUGGAAAAGAAUAAAGUGUGUUUGUGUCGUAGAGAUGUUACAGCUUUUGGUUGACAGCAUUUGUUGUUAUGCCGAAGAUUUAGUCCUCAUGGAUCUCAUGGAUAUUCUGUUUAUUUUAAAGACUUCUUCUUCAGAUGCAAAACACAAAACCAGGACUGUAAAUAUCAGUGUACAAAGAAUAACUUAUGAUUAUAACAGAUUUAGACCAUGCAAAGAGUUUUUGUGUUCACUUUAGCACAGAUUCUGAGAGGAUAGUGUGCAUUUCUUUUCCAGAAUGUGAAUUUGAUUCAUUUACAAAGUAAAUGAGUACAUUGAAUUGAAUCCAUCAGGUCAUUAGAAACAGACUUUUCAGUAGGAUGUCUUGCUGCAGAGCACUUUAUUUACUUUAUACCAGAUUGUUUGGGUUAAAAUAAACGGACAAAUAAAGGUCAAGAUGGAAACUGUCCAGCUAAACGCCCCACAUCUGAUGUUACGUGUUUCGUGUCUUAAAACAUUUUGUAGUUCUGAAUAUGUAAAGGCCUCUUUAUUUUCUUAACACUGUACAUCAUGCAAUGAUUAGCCUGCGAUCUAUAACACAUUAACAUCGAGUAGGCUGGGUUUAAUGAUCUGGAUUAUAUUUAUUUUUCUUAAGUGAAUGUGUACAGUUGAAUGAUUAAUAUAAAGAUACCAAUUUAUUCUCAGCUGAAAAAAAUAAAUAAAUACAUUAAAAAGGCA